UAUAAAGUUUUUACCUUUUUUGCAAUUUGGAUUUGGGUUUUUUAUAUCUUUCACUUUUGAUCACUUUAUAUUGUAGCAUUGGUGAUCUACUCUUUAAUUAAGGUGGCAGAACUCGGAUUCUUGAAGAUAAAUAUAUAUAUUUGUAAAAGGUGUUUCUUGUUAAGAAUUUGUAAUUCUUGAUGAUAUUUUAGAGUAUAUUUUUUUCGUUCAUUUGUUGAAUCUAGAGGUGAAAUUAUGGUUGGGAAUAUUGAGGUGACAAAUCCUGGUUUAUAUUCAAACGGGGGGAUGUCGAUAUCAAAUGGUAAUGGUUUAGAAGAAAAACUAGAUGAAUUUCGUAGAAUUCUUGGUAAAUCAGAAGGUGAUUUGCUCAAAAUUGUGGGAGUUGGGGCGGGUGCGUGGGGUAGUGUUUUUGUAGCAUUACUUCAAGAUAGUUAUGGACAAUUUCGUGAUAAGAUACAAAUUAGGAUAUGGAGAAGGGGUGGCAGAGCGGUUGAUAGAGAAACUGCGGAACAUUUAUUUGAAGUGAUUAAUUCGAGAGAAGAUGUGUUAAGGAGAUUAAUUAGGCGGUGUGCUUAUUUGAAAUACGUUGAAGCAAGAUUAGGUGAUCGGGUUCUUUAUGCUGAUGAGAUUUUGAAAGAUGGGUUUUGUUUGAAUAUGAUUGAUACGCCACUUUGUCCUAUGAAAGUUGUGACUAAUUUGCAAGAGGCGGUUUGGGAUGCGGAUGUUGUGGUAAAUGGUGUGCCAUCAACGGACACGCGUGAGGUUUUUGAAGAGAUUGGUAAGUAUUGGAAAGAGAGGUUAACCAUGCCUAUAAUUGUGUCGUUGUCAAAGGGUAUAGAGGCUGCUUUGGAUCCUGUUCCACAUAUUAUUACUCCAACACAAAUGAUCCACCGGGCAACUGGAGUACCACUAGAUAACAUUCUGUAUCUUGGUGGUCCAAAUAUUGCUUCUGAGAUCUACAACAAAGAGUAUGCCAAUGCUCGAAUAUGUGGCACUGAAAAGUGGAGGCUUCCGCUUGCAAAGUUUUUGAGGCAACCCCAUUUCAUCGUAUGGGACAAUAGCGAUCUUAUCACACACGAAGUAAUGGGAGGGUUGAAAAACGUCUAUGCAAUUGGAGCUGGAAUGGUAGCUGCUUUGACCAAUGAAAGUGCUACUAGCAAAUCGGUGUAUUUUGCACAUUGUACAUCAGAGAUGAUAUUUAUCACUCAUUUGUUGACAAAAGAGCCCGAAAAACUUGCUGGCCCGUUGCUUGCUGACACCUACGUGACCCUACUGAAAGGGCGUAAUGCAUGGUAUGGUCAAAUGAUUGCCAAGGGAGAACUGAGCUUGGAUAUGGGUGACAGCAUCAGUGGCAAGGGAAUGAUCCAGGGAGUAUCUGCAGUAGGAGCAUUUUUCGAACUUUUGAGUCAACCAAGCUUAAGCAUUUUACAUCCAAAUGAAAACAAACCCAUUGCACCUGUCGAGCUAUGCCCGAUCCUUAAGAUACUGUACAAAAUACUCAUAAAGCGGGAACAAGAUCCACGAGCAAUUGUUCAGGCACUAAGAGAUGAAAACUUGAACGAUCCCCGUGAGAGAAUUGAGAUUGCUCAAAGCCAUGCAUUCUACAAACCUUCACUUCUCGGCCAGCCUUGAGCAGAGUUUAUUGACAAAUGAUAAUUUCUGUAAGGUUCUUGUGUAAAAGGAUAUAUAUUGCCAACUUAUUGGGAAAUUCAUAUGUAGCUUAAGAAACUUCGAAUUAUUAAAUUUCCAGAAGUAAAAUGUUAACUGAUUUUUGCA